CCGAACGCCUGCACUGCGUUAGAUGUAGUGCUGCGGAAUAAAUGGCAAUGGCUGCCCCUGGUCGGCAGCGGCUCAGUGAUUGAUUAGAAGCCAAAGGGGCAACGUGCAACGUGCUGCAGCGUUACGCAAACAAAACAAAAAACGUUACGAGAAUGGUGUUCUCCACGCUAGCGGUCCUGCUGGCACUGGGCAGCCUGGCCGCGGUCUACCUGUACCGGCGGUUUGGCGAGAUGCUGAAGCACACCGGCAAACUCGGUGGUCCACCGGCCUAUCCGAUCCUCGGGAAUGGGUUAAUGUUUCUCAACAAAUCGCCCGCUGAUUUUCUACGGAUCAUUGGGGAGUUGAUACAGCGGUACGGGGACUGCUUUCGCGUUUGGCUCGGUACCCAGCUGGUGAUCGUGAUGGGCGAUCCAAAGGAUAUUGAGGUACUGCUAAGCAGCCCGAAGUAUAUCGACAAAUCGACCGAGUACGACUUCAUCCGACCCUGGCUGGGCGAGGGUUUGCUCACAAGCCGUGGCCGCAAAUGGCACACCCACCGGAAGGUGAUCACGCCGACGUUUCACUUCAAAAUACUGGAACAGUUUGUCGAGAUAUUCGAUCGGCAGAGCAGCACGUUCAUCAAGGUGCUGGAACCGUUUGCCGCGUCGGGCAAAUCGUUCGACAUCUUCCCGCAGGUGACACUGUGCGCGUUGGAUGUGAUAUGUGAGUCAGCUAUGGGAACGAAGGUGAAUGCACAGAUCAACUCUACUUCCGACUAUGUGCUAGCAGUAAAGGAGAUCACGAAUCUCAUUCAGCUGAGGUUUUACGAUUUUCUCAUCCGGUAUGACAUUUUCUUCCGCCUAUCCGCGAACGCUCGCAAGCAAAGAAAGGUGCUGCAGGUGCUGCACAGCUACACGGACAGUGUGAUCAAGGGCCGGCGUCAGCAGCUCGCAAGCAUACAGCAAAGUGAUGAACAGCAAGAGGCAAGCGAUCAGGAUCUGGGCAUCAAGAAGCGUAUGGCCUUUCUGGACAUGCUGCUCCAGUCGACGAUCGAUGGCCGUCCGCUGACCGAUCUCGAGAUACGCGAGGAGGUGGACACGUUCAUGUUCGAGGGGCACGAUACGACGACGUCGGCAAUAAGCUUUUUGCUGCACAGUUUGGCCCAAAACCCAACCAUACAGGAAAAGGUGUUUGAUGAGGUGAGGAACGUGGUGGGCGAUGAUCGUACGCGUCCGGUCACCAUGGCGAUGCUGAACGACAUGAGCUAUCUGGAUCUGGUGAUCAAGGAGACGCUUCGGCUGUACCCGUCGGUGCCAAUGAUUGGAAGGAAGAUGCAGGAAACGACCGAAAUCAAUGGAAAGAUCAUCCCAGCCGGUGCCAACCUGAUCAUUACUCCGUUCUUCCUCGGCCGUGAGGCACGCUACUUCCCCGAGCCGGAGAAGUUCGAUCCGGAACGGUUCAACGUGGAACGGUCGGCCGAAAAGACGAACCCUUACCAGUACAUUCCGUUCAGUGCUGGACCGCGGAACUGCAUCGGGCAGAAGUUUGCCGUGGCUGAGCUGAAGAGUUUGGUUAGCAAAGUGUUGCGCCAUUACGAGAUUUUACCACCGACCGGGAAGCAGGACGAAUCGUUCAUUGCGGAGCUAAUCCUGCGACCGGAGCAUGUGGUGGAAUGUGUUUCUAUGGACUAAUUGAUCGCACUGCUUUAUUUUUUUGCAGAAUUUUUGCAGACCGUAGGACGCCUCAUCCAGCAGUAUGGCAAGUGCUUCCGGAUUUGGCUUGGCACGCAGAUGCUGAUCGUGAUUACGGAACCGAAAGAUGUUGAGGCUCUUUUAAGCAGCAACAAGUACAUUGAUAAAUCGAUCGAGUACGACUUCAUCCGUCCCUGGCUGGGGGAAGGUCUUCUCACCAGCACCGGACGCAAAUGGCACACCCACCGGAAGGUGAUCACUCCGACGUUUCACUUCAAAAUACUGGAACAGUUUGUGGAGAUAUUCGAUCGGCAGAGCAGCACGUUCGUGCAGGUGCUGGCGGCCCAUGCCAAGACGGGCGACACGUUCGACAUCUUCCGGCCGGUGACGCUGUGCGCGCUGGACGUUAUCUGCGAAACCGCCAUGGGUACGAAGGUCAACGCACAGCUCAACACGGAAUCGGAGUACGUGCAGGCGGUAAAGGACAUCACCAACUUGGUGCAGAUUCGAUUGUUUAACUUUCUAAUACGGUAUGAGAUUUUCUACCGCUUCUCGGCGAACCGUCGCAAGCAGCUGGAAGCGCUUAAGGUGCUGCACGGAUACACGGACAGUGUGAUUAAGAGCCGCCGGGAGGAGUUGAACCGUGCUGCCGGGAGCGGCAAGAACACCGUUGUCGACGAGAACGAGAACGAGCUGGGUAUUAAGAAAAAGAUGGCCUUCCUGGAUAUGUUGCUGCAGUCGAAGAUCGAUGGCCAACCGCUGACUGAUUUGGAGAUCCGCGAGGAGGUCGAUACGUUCAUGUUUGAGGGGCACGAUACGACCACGUCUGCGAUAAGCUUUUUGCUGCAGAAUCUAGCAAAGCAUCCCGCAAUUCAGCAGAAAGUGUUUGAUGAGGUGAGGAACGUGGUGGGCGAUGAUCGUACGCGCCCCGUUACCAUAGCGAUGCUGAACGACAUGCACUAUCUGGAUCUGGUGAUCAAGGAGACGCUUCGGCUGUACCCGUCGGUGCCAAUGUUUGGGCGUAAAAUGAUGGAAGAUGCUGAAAUAAAUGGAAAAGUGUUUCCCGCUGGGUCGAAUACGAUCAUACUGCCGUUCUUCCUUGGCCGCAAUCCCGAAUUCUUCCCAAACCCGGAGAAGUUCGACCCGGAGCGAUUUAACGUGGAAACGUCGGCCGAAAAGACGAACCCUUACCAAUACGUUCCGUUCAGUGCUGGGCCGCGGAACUGUAUCGGGCAGAAGUUUGCGGUGGCUGAAAUUAAGAGUCUGGUGAGCAAACUGUUGCGCAACUAUGAGAUACUGCCGCCGGUGGGCCGGUACGAUGAAACGUUUAUUGCCGAGCUAAUCCUGCGGCCCGAGAAGGGAAUUUACGUGCGAUUGCAGCCACGCGUGUACUAGGAGCGGUGCAGGGUGAUGGUUGGUAGUUGAGAGUAUUAACGAAUGGAUGGCGAGCUUGGUAGAAAAAAAACAUUGCAAAACAGAGCCAAA